AUCACAGUUGCUUCGCUUCAUUGUCUGAAUUUAUCUCCCUAGUCAGAAGUCAAUAUGAUCAAAUGCAUGUUGAAUUUAGCACCAGAGUACCUCGUUGUUCGCAGACAUCACCAAUGCAGGCAAGCGAGUACAAAAGGGUUUAAACGCAUAUUUUGUAGUGGUACAGGUGUGCCGAUUUUCAUCCGUGCUGACAGACCUGUCAUGCUCAGAUUCUAUUUCACUCAGGUCCCAAAAUACAGCAAGUUUGGCUCGGACUCGAGUUCGCAAACUCAGGGCGGGCAUGGGGGACGCGAGUCCCUUGCAUCUUCGUCGAAGAAGCCCCCGUCUGCUGCGACGCCGGCUGCUGCGCGGAAGGCUAGUCCGGACGGAUCGCUGGCUUACACUGAAUACGACAAUUGGAAAGCGAUGAAGCAAUGCAUCGAAUACAUGCUGCAGAACGACUACUUGUCCAAGCUUCGCAUCUUGGUGUCGAUGUGUCUCUUGGUCGCUUCCAAAGUCGCCAACAUUCAGGUGCCAAUUUACUUCAAACACAUCGUGGAUUCGCUUUCUGUGACCGGCGAGCAGAUCGCGAUGGUCCCGCUGGCAACGAUCGUGUCCUAUGGCGUCGCCAGAUCCGUGGCCUCCAUAUUUCACGAAUUUCGAACCGUUAUUUUUAAUCCUGUCACCCAGAGUGCCACCAAAAAGCUCUCCUUGGACACCUUUAAGCACUUUCACAACAUGGACCUCAACUGGCAUUUGUCCAGGAAAAUCGGGAGCAUUUCGAAGCUGGUCGAGAGAGGAACGAGGGGGAUCCACCAAGUUUUGAACACGUUACUGUUUGUUUUCACGCCGACGUUUCUUGAGAUCAUGUUCGUAAUUGGGAUUCUGGGGUCCAAAUUCGGCGCCAUUCACGCGGCUUUCACGUUCUUCAUGGUCUCUAUCUACGCCAUCUACACUAUCCUCUUGACAAAGUGGCGGACUCAAUUUCGCAUUGAAUUGAACGCCCAUGACAGCGAGAUGAGCUCUCACGUCCUCGAUUCGUUGAUCAACUACGAGACUAUGAAGUAUUUCAACAGCGAGGCGUUCGAAGCGGAGAAGCACUCGAAAUUUUUAGAAAAAUAUAAUGAAGCGUUGAAAAAAACCAACAAUUCCUUGGCUCUUUUAAAUAGCGGGCAGAGCAUCAUCAUUUCUUGCGCUCUUGCAGGAGGAGUAUUGUUGGCAGCGCAAGGCAUCGCCAACGGAACAAUGACCAUAGGAGACAUGGUCUUGAUCAACGGACUUCUGCUCCAGUUGGCGUUCCCACUCAACUUUCUAGGCUCAGCCUACCGAGAAUUGAAACAGGCGCUCAUCGACAUGUCGAGUCUGUUCAACAUAUUGAACAAAGCCCCUGCCAUACAAAACAGGUCGGGGGCGAAAUCGCUCUUCUUGAAAAAAGGAGAAAUUGAAUUCAAAAAUGUCAGUUUUGAUUACGUGUCUGGUUCUCCUGUUUUGAGCGAUGCGAAUUUUACUAUUCGAGGGCAGAAGAAGGUGGCGAUUGUUGGGUCGAGUGGAAAUGGGAAGAGCACGAUUUUGAGGCUGAUUUACCGGUUUUACGACGUCAGCAAAGGGAGCGUUUUGAUUGAUGGCCAGGACGUUCGGGACGUUACCCUUUACUCCUUGAGGGAGGCGAUUGGCGUGGUUCCGCAAGACUUGGUGUUGUUCAAUAGCAGCAUUUUGCACAAUAUCACAUACGGCUGUCCGAGCGCCAGCAUGGAGCAGGUUUUGAAGGUGUCGAGACUGGCGAACGUGGAGAGCAUCAUCAAGAAGAUGGCGUUCGAAUACGACACGCCCGUGGGCGAGCGCGGGCUGCUGCUGUCGGGUGGCGAAAAACAAAGGAUUUGCUUGGCGAGAACUUUAUUGAAAAAUCCGAAAAUUUUAAUUCUCGACGAGGCGACGUCUUCUCUGGACACCGAGAACGAGGAGGCGAUUCAGGCUUCGAUCGAUCGACUAGUGGAGAAUGGGAAGACGGUUUUGGUGCUGUCGCACCGCCUGAAGACCGUGUGCAACUCGGACCACAUUUUGCUUUUGGAAAAUGGAAGAAUUGUAGAGCAGGGGAGCCACCGAGAGUUGAUGAGGGCGAGGGGGAGGUAUUUUUCGAUGGUUCAGAAGCAGAACAUUACAUACGUGGAGGAAGAUGAUCCGAUUAUUCAAAGAAAAGACUAGAAAAGAUUUUAAUACAAUUUUUUUUUUUGGCGGCGGAA